UUUCGUAAAUCACAAAAUCGUAUAAGAUUAAUAUUUUACCCAAAUCCCGUCAAAUUCUGACUCCGUUUGCUAGCUCCUUUGAGCUUUGGUUGUUAGAAGCACUUUCUGUUGCAUGAUAUUAAAACCUUCGAACAAGGCUCUUAAUUAGCUUUUUGAUUUGUCCCAAUUCUUCAACAAACAAAAUUUUGGUUAUAACUUAUAACUGAAGUCCACACGUUUUAUCUUUACAAUUAACUCUCUAAUGACGUUUGUUUGUUUAAUUACUUUUGUUAUCCAACGAAAACAACAAAGUCAUUAUUAAGGACGACACAGUUAUAGUUACAACAUAACCGAAACCCAAACUUUCUGCCUUAUAAUUAAUUUCCUUAACGGAGGAUUAAUUCGUUAGGUAAAUUACAUUUGUUAUUAUGUGUAAAUUAGAUCAUUAUGGUUACAAAUAUUCCGUUUCUGAAAAAGAUAACCUAGUUUACAUAUUAUAUAUUGAUCUCUAAUCGUUACUUCUAUUUCUUUUUCUUGCAAGACAGACACAAUUAUGGAUCAGGGAACGAAACCAGACUAUGAACCAGAUCGGAUUCCACCAUCUGUUUUCGCAACCACAAUGACUUCUAAACAAGAAUGGAGUACUCAAUCUAACGAUUUGUUUAGUAUUCACAUGGGAGAUCAAAGUUUCACCAAAAUGUAUAAAUCUGGAGAACUCUCCAAUUUCGACUAUACUGCUACGUAUAUUAACGACAACAACAACAUUGAUAACAAGACUAAUUUGACGGAUGCUGGAACAAAAGAGGUCAACAUCCUGGAAGCGGAAACCGGACCAGAAGCCGCUAAUCGAGAUGGCCUAACCAAUGUAUCUAAACCGGAUCUACCUCGGCAACGUCAGUUAAGUCCCACCAAGUCUUAUCGCUCCGACACCAGCAAUAACAGCGCAGCUUCUUUUGCAUUUCCCAUAUUACCUGAGUCCCAACAAGAUCCAAAAACGGCACUUCAGGUGAAGGAUGAAAGUGGUGAAACGGAUAUAUCAAGACCAGAACCAAAGCCCAGUUCUUACUCGGAUGAUCCCAAACCAGGGGACGGUGGUGGCUGGCUUUCUUGUUUUUCAUGUUUCUCAGUGAAAAGUUGAGAUUAGUUCUCUUUGUCAAGCCUAUUUAUUUAGGUCGUAGUUGUCGAAGAGACACGAGACACUAGACAAGAUAAAUUACUGAUUUUAUCUUAUGUCACACAAUUUAGACAUGUACUAUGUAAUCGUAAUGUCUGGACUCUGGAUGGAAGCGAAAAAAAAAGUGUUGUUUGUUUUGCUAUAGACAUUUUUACUAGCACCUUUUAUUUGUUAUAGAUUUGCGACAUAUUUACUAGAGAUUUGUCUCAAUAUGUAGCAGUAAUAGAACUGUCACACUAGUACAAAACUUAUAUUUUCUGUAAAUAAACAAAUCUUACAUUAUUUAAUGUCAAUACUAGUUUACAAAAGAGGAAAUUAGCAUCUACCUCUAAGAAAAUACUUAUUCUUGGGUUCACCGUCUAGGUUCACCAACCAAUAGGAUUGUGUUAUUUUAUAGAGUUAUUCUUGGGUUUACCAAUAUGAAGUCGUUAUUUUAUAUAUCUUUUAAAAAAAGAAACAAAAUAUUAUCA